CUGGCUAUUGGAUUACAUCUCGUACGGAUCCUGAAUCAGCUUACAGGGAAGAUCGAUCAGAAUGACCCAACUGACGUAUCCCUCACGUAAUCACCACCAUGGUUGUUGGAAACGUGCAGGCCGCCCAAGACUUUUCUCUUCUAAUCACGCGCUUACUCUUACUAUAUAAUCAAAUCCCACAUACAACGAUUAAAACAAAAGAAACAGGAAUCAGCAUGUCCAAUUCAAUGAAGAGGAGAUCCAGUUCCACGAUUUCACAAGAGAAACCAGAUGAUCAGAAAAACCCCCUUUUGCCGCUUGACAUUGAUAGCAGCCCUCACCAGGAUUCCAACGAGCCCGAAAAUGGCAUCCCAAGAUCAGAUUCCUCUGCACUGACACAGACAUUAGCCGGUGCGGCCCAUCUCGCAAAUCUUCUUCCGACGGGCACAGUCCUCCUUUUACAAGUACUCUGCCCUCUGGUCUCCAAUAACGGUCACUGCGACAAUGUCAGGCGUUCCAUGACUGCAAUUCUGCUCACAUGCUGCGGACUUUCGGGCUUCUUCGCCAGUUUUACAGACAGUUUUAAGGGCUCCGACGGGAGAGUAUACUACGGCUUGGCCACGCCAAAAGGUCUCUACACUUUCGAGUACAUGAGCCCGGGCAACGGGGCUCCCGAUCCGGCUAGGUAUAAAUUGCGGCUGGUGGAUUUCGUGCACGCUUUUCUGUCUCUGUUGGUGUUUGCCGCCAUAGCUCUGUAUGACAGAAACGUUGUGGGGUGCUUCUACCCGGCACCAGAAAAGGAGACCGAGGAGAUUCUUGGCGUGCUGCCCAUUGCCAUCGGAAUAGUGUGCUCCAUGCUUUUCCUUGUCUUCCCCACUAGGCGCCAUGGAAUUGGGUAUCCCGUCUCAAAUUGAUGUUACCGAUUUCUGGCUCGAAUUGUUGGAAAUCGAAUUAUUUCAAAUGGGAUUCCUUUUUUUUUUUCCACUGUUUUCUUGAAAAGACUGGAAAUUGUUACUGUACAGGUGAUUUUUUGGGGGGUUUAUCAAUUAUUUGGUUUUGAGCCUUAGGCGAAUCUGAUUCUGUCCUGUAUUCAUAAGUUUUCUGAGGUUUUGAUAUUUGAAAUGCAAGGCUCAGACAACACAAUCUGUGUCACAGAUAUUUUACUGUCGUAGCAUCUUUUUUUCUGUAUACGUCAAAAUUAUUUUACUACGUGUAGGCAGGGGAAUCAGUCAACACAGAGACAGGCGCUCCAUGUGACUGUGUCUUAAACGUUGGCUUGUCAAUUUGGAUACAGUGAGAGGAUAAAACGUGUACGCAAGCACGUGAAAUGCAGGACUCAAAAUGUAAGGGGGAAGUUGAAUAGGUCUAAUAAUUGUGACAGUAUGACCGUACUGGGUAUAUUUUUAAAAGUUUAUUCCAUGGAACUUUCAAUUAUUAAUAUUUUACAAAGUGCCAAUUGUUACUGUUA